AAUUGAGAAGGAUGAUGGGAGAGCAAUCCGAAAGCGAGAGUAGGAGAACGGAAAGAAGGAAGCAGAAGAGUGAGUUCGAGUUCUGCAAGGCAUGCAACAUAAACCACAACCAAGGCCUCCGCCACAAGUACUUCCCUAACCACAAGAAAUCCCUCUCCACCUUCCUCUCUCGCUUCCGAAACAAGCUCUCCGAUGUUCGCUUCUUCCUCAACGCCCCUAUCCCUCUCACUCCCCAACUCGCUUCUCGCAAUCGCUUCUGGUGUGUUUUCUGUGACCAAGACAUCAACGAGCUCUCUAGUUCCUUCGCCUGCGCUAACGCGAUUCGUCACCUAGCCAGCGCUGAUCAUGUCAAGAAUUUGAAGCACUUCUUCUGGAAAUAUGGCGGUGCUGUGGAUCAGUUGGAUGCGUUUAUGGUUUCUGAUGAUGAUGUAGCUAAGUGGGAGAAGCGAUGCUUGGCUCGAAAUGAUGAAGCUGUGUUGCCUAGUGCAGGGCGUCGCCGAACGGUGUUUGGUCCUUCAAGUGAUAUCCAUAAUCAACUCGACAAUGGAAAUAUUGAUAGUUUUCAAAAUGUUUAUUCCCAUUCUGUGAAAUCAAAUGCUGUUUUGCCUUUACAAUGCUAUACAAAUGAGUAUCAGGUAUCGUGUUCAGGACUCUCAGGAGUUGGCAAUACUGGCCUGUUAGAAAUUGAUACUACUUCUUUAGCUUCGGAAGAGUGCUAUGGUGCUAAUCCUCUUGCUUUGCAGGAUUUUGCAGUUGAAAGGAGAAGCCACUCUCUCCUACAUGAAGGUAGACAAUGUUCAACUGAUGGUUAUUCCUCUAAUAAGCAGGUGCGUGACAAUGGUAGAAUAGUUAGCAGAGAGAGCAGUCAUCAGGGUCUACAGAUGCUCACCCAGAUCACUUCCGUGCCUACUGAAAGUGCUGGUGGAAAUGUUCAUUCUGGAGCACCUCCACCAUGGUUGGAAGCAAUUGAAGGAAUUGAGAUACAUUGUAAGCCUGUUUUGGGAAGCCUUGUCUCCCAUUCAAACAAUUCAGGAAAAUCCAAAAAGUUGAAUCCAAAACGGGUGGGAGCAGCUUGGGCUGAAAAGAGAAAGAUUGAAAUGGAGAUGGAAAAGAGGGGAGAGAUUGUAAGGAAUGAGUGUGAUGCCAACUGGCUUCCUAAUUUUGGCAGAGUCUGGCAAUCUGGUAGCAGAAGAGAAUCCAGAAAAGAAUUUGAGAGGGAGAAAAAGAAGUUGAAUGCUGAAACUCAGUCUGAGAUGCCAAUCAAGAUACAGCCUUAUGUCAGCAAGAGAAUGCGGAUGGAUAGCGGUGAUGAUUAUUCAAAUGGGUGAAAUUUCUGGUGGCAAACAUGUUCGGGGAGUCAUCAGUAUUGUAGAUAAGCAUGCUUUCGCUUUGGAGAUGGAAUGGAAUUAACAAAAUGUAACAUGGUGCAUGUGAUAGCAAUUUUUGUGCAAAUAUGGGUGCUUAUUUUUGCCAACCGGCUUGCUUUUGCACAUUGGGAUGGUUACUAUAUUUUGGUGGGCUUCGCCUUCCAACAUGUUGCUCUUUUCCACUGGAAUGUGAAGAACUUAUGCAUUGUAUUGUACAGAAUACUGAGAUUAUUCUCGCUAGUUAGAUAAGAGAUCUUUUUAUAAUGUGUUUUUCUUUUAUGUAACUUGUCAGCACGAGUGCAAUUUUUGUGUACAUUUGAAUCUACUCAAGAAAGGCUCUCAUAAUCCACUUUA